AUGCUGGGUCGUCGUUCGCAGAGUCACGAGCUUAUACCAUACGACCCUGAACUAGAGAACACACUUCGUUAUCUCCGUCGAGAUAAAAAUAAGCAAGAUACACUUCCAAUCAAGAUGGGAGACGCGUUGGAACUUAACAACCUCACCCGACCUUUGAAGGAUUUCACGGUUCCUAAAGCAUUGGACCAGCCGUCUUGCAUUGCAUAUCCAGCCACUACAACCACCUUUGAGAUCAAGAGUGGCACCAUUCACCUUUUGCCACAAUUCUAUGGCAAGGUUGGGGAUGAUCCUCACAUACAUAUCAAGGAUUUCUUUGCUGUGUGCGCAACUAUGCACAAUGGAGGGAUUAGUGAUGAGGCAAUCAGAUUGCGUUUGUUUCCAUUCUCACUCAAGGAACGAGCCAAGGAGUGGCUCUAUUCUUUACCUAGUGCAUCUAUCACCACAUGGACAGCAUUGGCUUCCAAGUUCCUUGCAAAGUUCUUUCCAGCUCAAAAGACAAACCAUAUUAGGAAGGAGAUCAUGGGAGUGCAGCAACUAGAUGGAGAAUCAUUUCAUGAGUAUUGGGAUCGGUUUCAAAGACUCCUAGCUUCGUGCCCUCAUCACCAAAUUGAAGAUUGGCUACUUAUGCAAUACUUUUAUGAGGGAUUACUUGAUUCGGAGAGGAUGAUGGUUGAUGCUACUAGUGGAGGAGGCUUGAUGAACAAGAGUGCUACUCAAGCUAAGGAGAUGUUUGAGAACAUUGCAGCAAACUCUCAACAAUUUAAUUACCGGAGAGCUCCCCCAAAGAAAGCAGGUGUUUAUGAGGUAAGUGCUAGUGAUAUUGGUCCUCAAAUAGCUAAUUUGACUAACCUUGUUAAGCAAUUAAUCCCUCAAGCACAAGUGUGUGCCGUGUGUGCUAAUCCCGGACAUCCUACGGAGUCUUGUCCAAGUUUGUAUGGUGACGGAGAAGAGAUGGCUCAAGCACACUAUAUGCAGCAACAAAAGCCAAGAAACGAUCCUUUUUCUAACACCUAUAAUCCGGGAUGGCGGCAACACCCUAACUUUGGAUGGAAGAACAACCAAAAUGUGCAAACAGCCCCAGUUCAACAAAAUCAGUUUGUUCCUCAACAAAAUGCACCACCACCUCAUGGGCAAGGUAAGUCUUUAGAAGAGUUAAUUAAUUCUUUGGCAUUAAGCACUCAAGGUUUUAUGCAGGAAACAAGGCAAACACAGGCACAAAUGUCUACAGCAAUCAAGAGCCUUGAAAACCAAGUUGGACAAAUUGCAACCUCCUUGAGUCAAAGAGAGCCAGGAAAGUUUCCAAGCCAAGUCAUUCCAAAUCCUAAUGGAGGCCAUGAAACAGCAAAGGCGAUUACUCUUCGAAGUGGAAAAGAGGUGGCAAAUGUUGACAAGGAGGAGAGAAAUUCAACCAAAACAGUGGCUGCCCCCUUUUCCAAGCUUACGGUUCCAAGUGACAACUCUAAGGUAAGUUCUCCUGUGAAUCAUUCGAUUACUCCAAAAGUUCCUUUUCCUCGUAGGUUUUUGAAUUCAAAGAAGGAGCAAGUUUCAAAGGAUAUCCUAGAGACUUUCCGAAAAGUGCAAGUGAACAUUCCCUUGCUUGAUGCGAUCCAACAAAUUCCAAGCUAUGCAAAAUUCCUCAAAGACCUUUGUACAAAUAAGAGAAAGUUCAAGGAGCAUGAAACCGUGGCCUUGAGUGAAGAAGUCUCAGCUGUGCUAUUGCGUAAAUUGCCUCCUAAACUAAAGGAUCCAGGGAGUUUUACUAUACCUUGUCUCAUUGGAAAUCAAAGGUUUGAACAUGCUUUAUUAGACUUAGGUGCUUCAAUUAAUUUGAUGCCUUUUUCUGUUUUUGAAUCUUUAAAUUUAGGUGAGCUUAAGAAGACUUCCGUGAGCAUACAAUUGGCUGAUCGAUCAAUCAAGUAUCCUAAGGGAGUGUUGGAAGACGUUUUGGUCAAGGUGAAUGAGCUAAUUUUUCCAGCUGACUUUCUAGUGCUCGAGAUGGAGGAAGUUCCUAUUCCUGGAAAAGACCUUCCAUUGAUUCUAGGACGUCCAUUCAUGAGAACAGCAAGGACAAAAAUUGAUGUGUAUGAAGGCACUCUCACAAUGGCAUUCGAUGAGGAAACCGUGGAGUUUAAGGUAUUUGAUGCUUUAAAAUAUCCUAACGAUGAUCAUGCUUGUUUUUCCAUAGAUGUACUUGAACAAAUGGUACAAGAAACAUUUAGUGCAUCACAAGGAGAGACGCCAUUGGAGAGGGCACUCAUCCAAAGCCCCGAAACAGUGAAUAAAGAAGGGAACAUAGCUGUACUUGAAGCUGUGAAUAUACUUGAGGCCUUGCCUCCCCAAAGAGGUAAGUUUAACUCUAUUUUUGAGCCUAUUCCAUUAUCUACUAAUAAGCUUGUUCCCUCUAUUGUGAAGGCACCACAAGUUGAGCUAAAACCCCUUCCGGAGAACUUGAAAUAUGCAUAUUUAGGUGACAAAAAGACGCUGCCUGUGAUCAUUGCUUCUAAUUUGAGUGCAUCCGAAGAAGACAAACUAAUUCGAGUUCUAAGGGAGCACAAGACUGCCCUAGGUUGGACCAUUGCAGACAUCAAAGGAAUAAGCCCUACAAAGUGCAUGCAUAGGAUCCUUUUGGAAGGAGAAUCGAAACCUACAAGGGAAGCCCAAAGGAGGCUGAAUCUGGUGAUGAAAGAAGUCGUUAAGAAGGAAGUUUUGAAGCUUUUGGACGUGGGAAUUAUACACCCCAUUUCGGAUAGCAAGUGGGUGAGUCCCGUCCAAGUUGUUCCCAAGAAAUCCGGAAUUACUGUUGUGAAGAAUGAAGACAAUGAGUUGGUGCCUCAAAGAAUUCAAACGGGUUGGAGAGUAUGCAUAGAUUAUAGAAAGCUCAAUACCACGACACGUAAGGAUCACUUUCCGUUACCAUUUAUUGAUCAAAUGCUUGAGCGUCUUGCAGGUCAUAGUCAUUAUUGCUUCUUGGAUGGAUACUCCGGAUACAAUCAAAUUGCCAUAGCUCCGGAAGAUCAAGAAAAGACCACCUUCACUUGUCCAUUUGGUACGUUUGCUUAUAGGCGUAUGCCUUUUGGUUUAUGUAACGCACCUGCCACUUUUCAACGUUGCAUGAUGUCAAUUUUUUCUGAUAUGGUGGAGGAGAUAAUAGAGGAAUGCAAUUUAGUGCUCAAUUGGGAGAAGUGUCACUUCAUGGUACAGCAAGCCCCCACAACCGUGAAGGAGAUUAGGUCAUUCCUAGGACAUGCAGGGUUCUAUAGGCGUUUCAUCAAGGACUUUUCAAAAAUAUCAAGGCCCCUAUGUCGAUUGCUUGGCAAAGAUGUGGAAUUCGAGUUUAAUGAAGAGUGCUUGGCUGCAUUUAACAAGCUUAAGGAGCUUUUAACGUCUGCCCCUAUUAUACAACCUCCAGAUUGGAAUUUUCCCUUCGAGUUGAUGUGUGACGCCUCGGAUUAUGCAGUGGGGGCUGUACUUGGACAAAAAGUGCACAACGUACCACAUGCCAUCUAUUAUGCCUCCCGGACUUUGAAUGAUGCUCAGUUGAAUUACUCAACUACGGAAAAGGAGUUGCUUGCUGUUAUUUUUGCUUUAGAGAAAUUUAGAUCAUAUCUUAUUGGCACUAAAGUAAUUGUAUUCUCUGAUCAUGCAGCGCUUAGGUACCUCUUCCAAAAGAAGGACGCCAAGCCAAGACUGAUUAGGUGGACUCUCUUGCUUCAAGAAUUCGAUUUGGUGAUUAGAGACAAGAAAGGGAGUGAAAACGUGGUGGCUGACCAUUUGAGUAGGCUGGUGCAAGGAUCCAAUGAAGAAGAGGACAUGCUUCCUCUACGUGAAAGUUUCCCCGAUGAGCAACUCUUCACCCUCGAAGCCAAGGACCCUUGGUACGCUGACAUUAUCAAUUACAAGGCUUCAAAACUGAUUCCGGAGGAUCUCACUCGAGCUCAAAAGGAUAAGCUUGUCAAAACGAGUAAGUAUUAUGUUUGGGAUGAUCCAUACUUAUGGAAAUAUUGUCCAGAUCAGAUUGUUAGAAGGUGCGUGUCCGAAUAUGAAUUUAAUUCUAUACUUACCUUUUGUCAUUCAUCUGCAUGUGGUGGACAUUUUGGUCCUAAGAAAACAGCCCUUAAAGUAUUGCAAUGUGGUUUUUAUUGGCCGAGCUUGUUCAAAGAUGCAUAUACUUAUUGUUCCACAUGUGAUAGAUGUCAAAGAACCGGUAACAUCAGCUCUAGGAAUCAAAUGCCUUUAACGCCUAUCCUUAUUGUUGAAAUAUUUGAUGUGUGGGGUAUUGAUUUUAUGGGACCAUUCCCUUCCUCUUAUGGCUUUAUUUACAUUCUCCUUGCUGUUGACUAUGUCUCUAAAUGGGUGGAAGCAAUUCCUACCCGGACUAAUGAUUCAAAAGUUGUUUUGAGCUUUGUGAAGGAAAACAUCUUUUCUAGGUUUGGAACACCAAGAGCCAUUAUUAGUGAUGGAGGCACUCACUUUUGCAAUAGGUCAUUUGAGGCACUUUUAAAGCGGUAUGGAAUUACACAUAGGGUCUCGACACCUUAUCAUCCCCAAACAAGUGGACAAGUAGAGAUUAGUAACCGAGAAAUCAAGCAAAUCUUGGAGAAAACCGUGAGCCCUACGAGAAAGGAUUGGAGUUUGAGACUUAAUGAAGCAUUAUGGGCAUAUAGGACAGCUUACAAAACCCCCAUUGGUAUGUCUCCUUUUCGUUUGGUUUAUGGUAAAGCAUGUCACCUUCCGGUUGAGCUUGAACAUAGAGCAUUUUGGGCAAUCAAGAAAUUCAAUUUCGAUAUGAAAGAGGCUGGAGAUGCAAGGCGACUCCAAUUGAAUGAAUUGGAUGAGAUGAGGAAUGAUGCUUAUGAGAGUGCACGGAUUUACAAGGAAAAGACGAAGGCAUUUCAUGACAAAGCCAUUCAAAGGAAGACCUUUGAAAUAGGGCAGAAAGUCUUGCUCUUCAAUUCACGCCUUCGGCUAUUCCCAGUUGAGAUUCAAAAUGACAAGAUGGGAAACAUAUUCAAAGUGAACGGACAUCGCUUGAAGCCAUACUAUGAAUCUUUUGAGCUUGGAAAAGAGAGCAUGCUUGUGGAUGCACCACCCCCAUCUAUUGUUUAA